CGCCGGAAGACCAGUUUGCUUCCCCGGGACAGACAUUCACGCUGAAUCCCCGAGCCGCACCGAAGAUGGACAUCUGACUUAGAGCCAGCUCUGAAAGAAGACUGCUAAAAGAGCCGUUUCAAGUUCUGGGGUCUAACACGACAAAGGUUAGAAAAGAAGAAACACUGGACUUCACGCAGUAGCCACGUGGUGCAGAGAAGGAGAAAUAGAGAGCGAUAGAGAGACAGAGACUCAAAGACUUAACUGUUAAAGAAAUAAACUCUAUUAGCGCUCCUAAAUUGCUGCUCCUAAAUUAAAGGAGUCGCUACAUUGUGUUGCAGCACCUGCAUCUUAACGAUACCACUGUUAGGACCAUAACGGACUUUAAACUCAGUGAACAUCUGGCAGACGCUCACACCAUGUUGCCAUAACAACUAACAAAGGAAGCAUCAUCAGCCUGAUUAUGGAAGGAGAGAUAUCUGACCCAGGACCGAUCACCCACAGAGUGCCCCAGAGGAAUGGCGCUAUUUCUCCCCUCCCCUCCAGAGCAACGUCUACCUUGCCUAGCCAAAACUCAGGUACAUGGGCAUCGGCCUGUCUGCUCAGGGAGUCAACAUGAACAGGCUGCCUGGAUGGGACAAGCACUCAUACGGUUACCAUGGAGAUGACGGCCACUCCUUCUGCUCCUCCGGGACUGGCCAACCGUACGGCCCAACGUUCACCACGGGGGACGUGAUUGGCUGCUGCGUUAACCUCAUCAACAACACUUGCUUUUACACCAAAAAUGGCAUCAGUUUAGGUGUAGCCUUCACAGACCUCCCUCCCAACCUGUACCCCACUGUGGGGCUUCAAACUCCGGGUGAGAUUGUAGACGCUAACUUUGGCCAGCAGCCGUUUGUCUUCGACAUCGAGGACUACAUGAGCGAAUGGCGGGCCAAGAUCCAUGGCAUGAUCGCUCGCUUCCCCAUAGGAGAGAGGCUGGGGGAGUGGCAGGCCGUCCUGCAGAAUAUGGUGUCCAGCUACCUGGUGCAUCAUGGGUACUGUGCCACUGCAACAGCCUUUGCCAGAGCCACAGAGACCAUGAUACAAGAGGACCAGACAUCUAUAAAGAACAGACAGAGAAUACAGAAGCUGGUGCUGGCAGGACGGGUGGGCGAAGCCAUAGAAGCUACUCAGCAGCUUUAUCCCGGCCUGUUAGAACACAACCCCAACCUCUUAUUCAUGUUGAAGUGUCGUCAAUUCGUGGAGAUGGUGAACGGUACAGACAGUGAGGUUUGCUGCUUUAACAUUCGCUCGCCCAAGUCCCAGGACAGUUACCCUGGCUCACCCAGCGUCAGCCCCCACCACGGAGCCAGCAACACACACCUGCACACUGGAGGAGCAGACAGCCCGACCUGCAGUAAUGGGGUGACUCCCCCCAACAAGUCAAAGAGCCACAGUGGCGCCGGCACCAGCAGCCUCAAAUACCCCAGCGUGUCCUCCUCCGCCUCCUCCUCCACCUCUUCCUCCCCUUCCUCCGUCAACUACACCGAGUCCAACUCCUCCGACUCCACUAAGAGCCAGCCACACAGCACCAACAGCACCCAGGAAACCAGUGACAGUGAGAUGGAGAUUGAAGCAGAGCACUAUACCAACGGGGUUGUUGAGAGCUCCUCAGCGCGGAUCAUGAAUGGCACAUACAAACACGAAGAGAUCCUUCAGCCAGAUGACAACAGCAUUGGCAAUGGGGUCACAGAUGUGGGUUGUAGUAAUAGUAGACAGCUUUGUGGAGGGAACCAGGCAGCCACAGAGAGGAUGAUCCAGUUUGGACGGGAGCUACAGGCUCUCAAUGAACAGCUGUGCCGCGAGUACGGCAAGAACGCCACACACAAGAAGAUGUUACAGGAUGCAUUCAGCCUGCUAGCGUACUCAGACCCGUGGAACUGCCCCGUGGGCCAGCAGUUAGACCCUACGCAGAGAGAAUCGCUCUGCUCCGCACUCAACAGCGCCAUACUGGAGUCCCAAAAUCUGCCUAAGCAGCCUCCGCUAAUGUUAGCGCUCGGCCAGGCCACAGAGUGUGUUCAGCUCAUGGCCCGAGUCCGGUCUGGUUCCUGCUCCUUCGCCAGAGUAGAUAACUUUUUGCACUAGCCCAGGUCCAGGUUAAUGUUAAGUAGCACUGAGAGAGGCAUGUCCAGCAGGUAGUUGUCAUGGCGACGGAGGAACGAGCAUGCGUGUGUUUGGCUGUCCGUCAGACCGAGCCAGCGGCACAGACAGAGGAGCAGAGGAGAGCGCGAGAGAAGAAAGCUUCCUUUUACUUUAGUAUUAUCAAAUAAAAAAUGUGUGACACUAUUUAAAGAUAAUUAAUUAUUAUUCUGUUUAUCUAGCCAUUUUUAUAGUUCUUUUUUUGUCAGUUUGUUGUGCUCAUCCUGGACAAAACAAAUUGUAAUUCCCCUUUUUAUUUUUCUUCUGUUUUGAUGGGUGGAUUUUGAUUCCCUACAAUCAGUAUUUUAGUCACAUUGUUGUUGUUCACCAUAUCACAGACCACAAUACCCACAUCUGGUUACCACGGUGCCCCCUCACGACUGCAGGUCAACUUAACAAAACCUGAGGUAUAUUAACUUCAUUUUUAAUUAGAACCAGAAGGCAGACAGACUCUGAGCCCUAUAUCCCCCUAAAAUAUCCACUUGGAAGUGCAUUCAUUACUUGAAAUGCAUUCAGGAGGGUGAGCAAACCAGUGCCCAGCAUGAAAAACACCUCUGAUUGUGUGGAGCAGAUCGUUAGCUCUGGUCAAGGCUGAUGACGUAUAGGAAACACUACUACUGAUAGAAAAUGGACUGAUGUAAGACAAAAGUGGGCCCCCAAAUUAUUCCAGAAAGUUGGAAAUAAAAAUGUAGGGCUGUAUGUCACAGUAAUGUAAUGUUUCAUGAAUAAAAUGCUUUGAGCUAACAGGCUGGUAGCCAAAGAACAGGACACAUCCUGAAAAAAACAUCACUCGUGUAAAAAACAUAAUUGAAGAGCCUCUGCAGUGGUAAACACUGCCAGUAACCAGGGGGAGAGGGUGAUGACAAGGGAUUCAAUUGGAAUAUUAGAGGUGUUGGAGCCUUAAUUUUACUGUAACGACCACAGCAUCGACCAAUCAGUGAGGUGGUUGCAGGUGGCAGAGCUCUGCCCCAGCGGCAGCUACAACACCCGCUCUCAGGAGCCAACCUAACACUAUUAUCAUGGUCACCUUAAUGCCAGCAUAGAGAAAAUCAGUAUCAAAGGCAGACUAACAAGCAGAGUGUGUAUGGCUAAAAGUCAAGUCACCCCUGGGGAUUUCAUUACUCCAGUCCAUCGUCCCCAGCCUGACUUGCUCUAUGCAGGUGCUGACACCAUUAGAAUUUCAAAUUAAGAGGUGAAAUCAUUUCACAAAUAGGAAGGUUUUAAAUUUUAGGGUGCACUUUGUGAUAAUUAAAUCACAGUCUUUCUUUCCUCUUGGGCAUUUGAUUCCAAACCACUCAAAGGUUGUGAAAACCAGUUGCAUGUGUUGGAAAAAGACUCAGACCCCACUAUUUAUCUAACACCCAUAAACUUGACUUGACUAUGUUCUACCUAUUAUUGGACAGGAGGACAUAGUCAAGUCAAGUUUAUUGUUUAUAUAGCCCAAAACCCCAAGUUUGUCCCAGAUGGGAAAAGAAGGAUUUUUUUUUUGUUCAGAUUUGCUGCUGACCACCAUGAGAUUUACAAACAAAGUAACCACAUUGCUCCUGUUCAGGAGGUCCUGUUUUGGAGUAAGAUCAGUUGUAACAACACUACCAAUUACCACUUCCAGCCCCCACAGCAUGAAAUUACAGUUACAGCAUCUUUUGUGAACCACUUCUCGCUGUCCUCCACUUUGUAUGGAGCCCCAAAGUGUUCAAUAUUAAAUUAAUAUUCAUUCAUAUGAUUAUUUAUUUCAUAAUGUCUUUAUUUAGAGUAAAAUAUAUCAUUGAACCAAUAAAUUGUGAAAUAAUUAAAUUUCGCAUGUUGGUCUAUUGAAAAUGCCCUUUUUCAAAAGUCUGUCUUUAUUUCAUAACGUCACUUUUCAUGACAGCUGUGUUGUCACCAGUGCCCGCCCACUCACCUUUCAACCAGUCUCCAGUUUAUCUUGGCAGGCCCAACAACUGCAACCAAGCUGGAGCCAGUUUGCUCCUAUUUACUAGUAGAUAACUUACUUGCUAGUUGGUAAUUUUGAAUCAACCAAUUAGUUGCUGCUGCUCAUAAACACACUACACAGUAGCUAAUCUUUCUUUUUAUUUAGCUUAACAAGGCUACAUAUGCUACCUACCUAGCCAGCUAACUAGCUAGGCUGGCUUGUGGGCUUGGAUUUAUAACUCUGCAUCAAAGUGAAUAACCAGUGUUAAACGCAGCAGCUAACAUUAGCUGGUUAAUUCAGAAUUACUUUGGCAGUCUUGUGAUUCUGGAAAUGUUUCUCAGAGCAAGUCACACAACUCUGUGAAGAGCAAAAACACAGUCUUUGUCUUUGCUAUAGCCAACAGGAGCUAGCUAGCUUGCUAGCUGGCAGUUAGUGGGCCUGAGUUGAGUUUUGAUGAUUUAUUAAAUUAUUUCACAGUUUAUUGGCUCUUUUAUAAUGUAUAUUUUACUCUGUUCAUAAGAUUAUUUAUUAUUUCAUAAUGUCUUCUUUAUUAAUUUAAUAUUGGACAUGUCGGCUCCUUUUUUAGAAGCUUGGGGGAAGUCAAGAUCAUCAUUAUCUGCUUUCUGUCUCUGUAUCCAAACAGAUGAUUGUUCAUGCCAAAAUUACAAAUUGAACUCAUCUGUAUGCAAUUUCCAUGUGUAUCAAUAAUUGGAUUUUGAUUACAGAACUUGUUUUUGUUCCAUCCCUUAGCUUUAUCUGAAACAUAAUUCUUUUGUUUUUAAAGCAGACUUAUUUUCAACCAAAUAGCAAUGACUGAAUGUUGUCUGACUCUGGCUGCUUUGUUGUGACCUGCCAAAUGGCUUGUGGAUCCACCCUGAAGUGUAUAUUACCAUUUAUAAGAGCAUUUUAAGUCUAUGGUAGAGAAAUAUGGAAUAAUAUAAUAUUGGAGAUGUGUGUAUGCAAUGUGGGGUUCACUACAGGGUAUGUGGUCAAACUUUUUACCAAUCUGGUUUUUAUAAACACCUUCUGCUAUAAUAGGAACUAUUCUAAUAACCACACAUACAGUACACAGUAAAGGACUUCUGUUACACACACACACACACACACACACACUUG